AUGGAGCAGAAGUUUCAAAAAGGAAAGAACCAUGGAAUUGGUGUGCUCACUAGUGGCGGUGACUCACAAGGAAUGAAUGCGGCGGUGAGAGCAGUUAUCCGUGAGACUCUUCGCCAAGGGCAUCGUUGUUAUCUGAUACGUGAAGGAUACACUGGACUGAUAACUGGUAACAUUGAUCAAGCCACCUGGGAACACGUGGCAAAUGUGACCCAUCUUGGAGGAAGUAUGAUCGGAACGUCCCGUUGUGAUGAGUUCCGCACAACAGACGGUCGGAAAAAGGCAGCGAAGAUCAUGUUCGAUAGAAGAAUUUUUCAUUUGAUCGUGAUUGGUGGAGAUGGAUCAUUGAUGGGUGCUCAAAAGUUGAAAGAAGAAUGGGGAAGGUUUGGGGAGGAGUUGUUCGCAGAGGGAAAGAUAACAGAAGAAGUUGCAAAUGAAGGAAGAGAACUUCAUCUCGCCGGCAUCGUUGGUUCUAUUGACAACGACUGCAUAGAAUCAGACAAGUCGAUCGGAUCAGAUACAGCACUACAUCGUAUUUGUGAAGCUAUUGAUGGACUUGUGAUGACUGCCCAAUCUCAUCAAAGAGUUUUUGUUGUUGAAGUUAUGGGAAGACAUUGCGGGUAUCUGGCCUUGACAGCUGCGAUUGCUGUAGAGGCUGACUACGUCUUCUAUCCGGAAAUCCCUCCAGAUGAUAAAUGGCCAGAACAGCUUUGUCAUCAAUUGGAAUCUGUCAGAAAGUAUGGAAAACGACAAAAUGUGAUCAUCCUUGGUGAGGGUGUCACUAAUAGUAAGGGAAUGAAGAUCGGAGGAAAGCAAGUGAAAGAAGAAAUUGAGACACGACUUGGACUGGAAGUUCGUAUUGCCACACUCGGACAUCUUCAGAGAGGAGGAGCACCAACUUUUUUGGAUCGACUACUGGGAUUGAGAAUGGGUCAUGAAGCAGUUUUGUGUGUUGAUAAAUUGGAAGUUUUGAAAACAACAGAAGACGUGGGUUCUCCGAUUGCUGGCCAGAAAACGGUUGCUCAGGUGAUGUGUCUUCGAGGACAUAACAUUGAAAGAAACGAACUAUCUCGAGUUAUCCGACAAACUGAAACUGCCAAUGAAGAGAUGCAGCAGAGAAAUUAUGAUUUGGCUUGUCGACUUCGUGGAUUUGGAUUCCUGGACAAGCGAACCUAUUUGAAUUUCGUAUCCGUUCCCCUCUCCUUUACUAUCCCUGAAGACAUGAAGACGUUUGCAGUGAUUCACAUAGGAUCUCCGUGUGCUGGAAUGAAUGCUGCCACAUUUUCAUUCACAAGAAUGGCCAACCACAGUGGAAUCAAAGUUCUUGGAAUCAAAAACGGAUGGGACGGUCUUAAAAAUGGAGAUGUCAAACUUCUAACAUGGGAAAAUGUCCAAGGAUGGGCCCAGGCUGGUGGUAGUAUGUUGGGAGCAAAACGACAGUUACCAUCUGAAUUGGAUAAGAUUGCUGAAGGACUCAACACCCAUAAAGUUGAUGGUCUCGUUAUCAUUGGUGGAUUUAUGGCAUUCCAGUCAGCACUGGUUUUUCAGAAGAAUAGAAGUGACUAUUCUUGUCUCAGUAUCCCGAUUGUUGUUAUCCCAGCCACCAUUUCCAAUAAUUGUCCAGGGACAUGCAUGUCUCUUGGAGUUGAUACAGCUCUCAAUGAGAUUUGUCGUCAAGUAGACAACAUCAGUCAGAAUGCGAUGGGAAGUAAGAAUAAAGUCAUGAUUAUCGAAACAAUGGGUUCUCGAUCCGGUUUCCUUGCCACAAUGACUGCUCUCUCAACUGGAUCUCAAUUUGCGUUAAUUCGUCAAGUCGAAACUAAAGAGGAUGAUCUUUACAAGUUGGCAGUGGAAACAAAGCAACGACUUGAUUCUGGAAACCUCGAUAAAUUCCUGUUGAUUCGUUCGGAAGGUGCCAGUGAGAAAAUUUCUGCAAUAACAGUGAAAAUGGUGUUUGACCAAGUAAUGAAGAAUAAAUACGGUGUUCGAAUCACGAAUCUGGGAUACAGUCAACUCGGCGGACAUCCAUCAUGUUUCGAUCGACAAAUGGGCAUUCGAAUGGGAGUUCGAGCAUUCGAAGGAAUCGUCAAACCGGAUAAAAUGGGAAAACGAGAUUGUUGUGUUAUUGGGUUGAGAGGGAGCAGUUUGAGAUAUGUUCCAGUUCAAGGCCUGGAAAAUAAAGUGUGCUUUGAACACGGAAUUCCAUUGCACAUGUGGUGGCUGAAAUUGCAUCCACUCGUCGAAGCGAUGACUAAAAAACCGGAACGAAUUUCAACUUGA